CACGCACAUUUACAGCUUAUGUGGUGUUUUAUGAAUGCGACACGUCAGUAAUGUCAGUGUGACGUCACGGUAUUUAUUUUGUCUUAUUCAGAUUUAUGUUUACUCCAACAUCAAAUUUAUUCAAAAUCUUUAAAAAGCAUUUUACAUCAUAGUUAAUACUAUGAAUAAGUAUAAAUUUCGGUAUUCUUGUACGAUUUUAUUUAUAAAACUUCAAGUUCACUUGUCAAUUUAAAUGUGUGGAAGUGUCCAGAAAAACAAAACAAUAAUUUAUUAUUAUUUAACCUUGUCUUGUCUUCAAUGCAAUAUCAUAUUUAUAUAAUGUGCAAGUGAGAUGAUUUUAAUGCAUAAAGAUUAGUGCAACUUUGGGUAAAUCCCACCAGUUGACUUUUAUUGUUUUAUUUAAGUUUGUAAUUGCAUAACUGUUAACUACCAGUGAAAUCCACAAAUAUUCCAAGUUACAGAGUGUUAUACAUCAUCUUUAAGUAUAUUUAUUGUUAGUGCAAAGCAAAAUAAAGUUAUCUGAAGAAAAUGACCAUACCCCAUACCAUCAGCUCUCCUGGGACAUCCGGCCUAGAGUAUACCAAAAAAUUUUGCAAACAGAUGUUGAAAAACUCAGUGUUUGUGGGAACUUUUCAAGAAAAACUGCGUGUUGAAAAACUCAAUGGAUAUAGAGACGUGGUAAAAGUUAACCCAGGUGAAGAUAAAUUUAUUACAAAUUUAAAAAGUGCUAAAAAUAAAUUAGAUAGAGAAAUACUUACAGACCCAUGGAUUGGAAUUACUGAAGCUGAAGAAACGCCGUUUACUUAUAAAUUAUGGGUUGUAUUACCCACAACCGUUUUAGGAGAAUUCUGGUUUAGAGUUAAAACCGUAGAGUUUCUAGGCAAAGAAAUAAGACUAAAGUUGGAGAUAGUUAGAAGUUACCAAAGGGAAUCUACACCAAUAAGAAGUGAUAAUAUCAAUGAGAGCAUGUCUAUGAUUUUGCAAGAGAAGAAAAUUCAGCUUCAAGAGAAUUUCCUCUACUUUUUCAAGCACAUAUUAAUAUGGGAUAACAUAAAAGAAACUGUGAUUUUUGCUACAAUGCUUAUAGGUGCAAUAUUAGCAUCACUAUGUAGUGCAACAAAGUAUCUGUUAGAAUAUUUAUUAAGAUUAAUUAGAGAAAUAUCAGGUUUUGUUCGAGCAACAACACCAAUCUUGGUGAACUUCAUGGGUUUAAUCUAUAGGUGCGUUUUUAGUUUAUAUCACUUAAUAUAUAGCCUGUUCAGGCCAAAUCCCACGCCUACUCCUGUAUAUAACAAUUAUAUUACAUUUGAUCCUCAAACAGGAUUUGCUGAUCCACGUUCAAGGUAUAACCAGUAUUUUAAUAAUAAAGCAUUGCCUUAUUACCCAACGGCACGUAGAGGGCCUACCAUUACACCUUUAGAUUAAGUAAUAAUGAUAGUUCAGUUAAGUUCGCGUAUUUAAUAACAAUUAUAUAUCUCAUUGCAAUUGUUUUCUUUAUUUUAAAAUCAAUUUAUAUUUGGAUGAUUCAGAAGUCAAACUGUGUAAGUCAGCUCUGGUACACCUUUCAGGUCUAACUGUUCAAGUGUACCUGGUAGUGAGUAGCCCUAGCCGGCCUUACAGGAGUGACAUCUAAAGGUGAGAAACUAUCAAUGUAAUGUAAAUUUUAUAGGUUUCUAUUGAUAAUCUCGCACCCCACUAGUUUCAUCUCUUUUUAUUUCACAACAUCUGUAUCUGUAGAGUAGGGAGUGUGAGUCAAGUCCCACAGCAGUUAGGCCACAAUUGACCCAUUGUACAUCCUCCCAGGGGGUUGUCAUCCUUAGUUCAUUAUCCAUCCUGCCAUUUCCAGGAAGGUGGACAAAUCACCUGGUGACAUCUCCCCUAUAUCGGCAGGUGUAGGCCAAGGCUCGCCAAACGCAUACUCUCGUAUUGAUGAUAACUCUGGACAUUCACAUAGGACAUGCUCGAUAGUUUCGUCAUCUCGUUCACACAUCCUGCAUAGAGAUGUGUCUACUAGCCCCAGUGUGUGGAGGUGUUUUCUUAGUUGACAAUGGCCAGUUAAAAAACCAACGGUCAAGCGUAGGUUUUUCCUGGUCAUUCUCAAGUACUUUUCUGAUGCUGACUUCCCAAGGUUCCUUAGUGUUACCUAGAAGUCUACAUCCUGGCCCUUCUUCCCAUUUUCUUACGGUUUGCGUGUGGGAGUGACAUUUGACAGUUUCCGCGAUUGUUGUAGUCGACAAGCCAAAAAGAUCACAAGUUCCUAAGAGUCUUAGGCCUGCUGCCCUUCUAGCCAGCUGGUCAGCAAUACGGUUGCCUUUAUUUCUGUUGUGUCCUUUAACCCACCUCAGGAUGAUGUUGUUACCAUCCGAAGCUUGGGCUAGUGAUUCAUGACACUCCAUUACUAGCCCUGAUAUGACGCGUGGUCUGUUCAGGGUUAGUAGCGCUUGUCUGCUGUCUGUGCAGAUUAUUACAGUUUUGCCGGCUAUACCUUUCCCGAUUAUCUCUUUUGCGGCUAUGGAGAUACCAGCCAGUUCAGUCUGAACUACGCUGGCAUUUUUGCCCAUGCCCCAUUUUAUACUAAGGUUCAAUGAUCUGGAGUAUAUUCCACAUCCUGAGCCUUCUUUCGUUUUGGAGCCAUCAGUGUAGAUGCAAUAUGCAUUUGCCACGUUUGACUUCCUAUGUUGUCUUGUUUCGAUUUUGUAGGGUUUGUCGAAGACAAACGUAGGUUUAAUUGAGUCGCAUCCAUGGCCCGCAUGCAGAUGGGGCAGUGCCUCCAGCUCACCCUGCCGGAAACGACAUCUCAAUUGUCCCAUUCCUACAUCAAGGUUUGCACCCGCUGAGCGUAACCUCAUCAUCGUCAUCAGCGCCACCUCUCUGACAUAUAUGUCUAAAGGGGUAAUGCCAAUGAGCAACUCCAUUGCAGCAGUUGGUGUUGUUUUCAUGGCACCUGUUAUAUUUAGGCAAGCCAUCCGUUGAAUAUGGUUUACCAGUCCGAAAAUCAAUUUAUAUUUGGAUGCUUCAGAAGUCAAACUGUGUAAAUCAGCUCUGGUACACCUUUCAGGUCUAACUGUUCAAGUGUACCUGGUAGUGAGUAGCCCUAGCCGGCCUUACAGGAGUGACAUCUAAAGGUGAGAAACUAUCAAUGUAAUGUAAAUUUUAUAGGUUUCUAUUGAUAAUCUCGCACCCCACUAGUUUCAUCUCUUUUUAUUUCAAAUAUUAUGUUUUCUGUCUUUUGAAUUAUUUUGCCUGUUCUUAGUGCACUUAUCAUUGUAUUGUAUUUGAUUCGACAUGUUUGGUGAGUUUAACUACAAGAUGUAUUUAAAUAUAUUGCAUGUAUUUAAAUUUACAUAAUAUGAAGGGUGCAGGGGAAGAACGCAGAAUAUGAAUCCUACAUUCAUAUGUGUUUUCUGUGCUAAUGUAUGGGGUGGAGGCCUGGACCUUAAAGAAAGAAAUAAGCAAUCGACUAGAAGCAUUCGAGAUGUGGACCUACCGAAGAAUAUUAAAAAUAAGUUGGGUAGAUAGAAUAACAAAUGUUGAGGUCCUCAGAAAGAUGAAAAAGGAUAAGGAAAUUACGAAUACGAUUAAGAUAAGAAAGUUACAUUAUCUCAGCCACGUUAUGAGAGCUGAUAAAUAUGUGUUGCUACAAACUAUAAUGCAGGGAAAACGAAGUAUCGGAAGAAGACGCAUCUCCUGGCUCAACAAUUUGAGAAAGUGGUAUAAUUGCAGUUCCGUCAACUUCUUCAGAGCUGCAAUCUCAAAAGUGAAAAUAGCUGUGAUGAUUAUUAUUAUUACCUCCUUAAAGGAGACGGUACCUAAAGAAGAAGAAUGGGGAAGAACAGGAAUAGUCCAUUGGAUUUAUCUCGACAACACUGAAAAUUAAGAUUUAUCAACUUAUUAUAAAGUCAAUAUAAUAUAAUAUACAGUUGAAGUAUGUAAUUAUUAUUUUAUGAUUAUUCUUUAAAUUUGACUUUAUAAUAUGUUAUUAAAUCUUAACUUUUAACUUGACUGAAAAAAAUCCAAAAGGAAUAUUGUCGUUCUUUCCCUGUACCCUUCAUAUGUAUAUAAAUAUUCACAUGAAAAAUAUUGAAAAAAAUGUAAGGAUAAAUUUGUAAUAAUGCAAUUUGAUAUUUAUUUUUGGCAAUUAGGUAUAAUUAGGGCUUACAAUACCGAACUAAAAUCUGAAUACCGGUAUUUGAUAUUUGAAAUAUCGGGAUACCGGUAUUCUAAUGUCUAGUCUAAUUUCUAAAAAAUACUUAGGUUUGUUAACUGCUCAGACUUUGAAAAUACUCUUUCGGAAGGUACUGAUGUGAUGGGUAUUGACAAAUAAUAUUUUACAUAUAGCCAAAUUAAAGCUCAGGGAAAGUGGAUUUGUAUUUUUUCCAAAAUUCCAUCGGGUUAAUUUUUCUUGCAAAAUGUGCGCCAUUGGGUAGUAGACGUAAAACAUAAACAAUCGCUUUAUAUUGCUGACACCGCCGCUUCUCGAUGGUGCCAUACUUGGCUCGGUAUAUGUAAUAAAUGAGGCCGUGAGAGCCAAAGUGGCCUAACUGAUUUUAACAUUACUUUACAUAAUCAAAGAAAAUGUUCAGAGGCUAACAAUGUCCGAUUGUUUUAGUAGUUUUAUGUUGACAGUAACUAAAACAAUCGGACAUUGAUAGCUUCUGAUAAUUUUCUUUGAUUAUGUAAAGCAGGGGUGGGCAAAUACUUUUAAGCGCGGGCCAAAAUGAAAUUUUCAAAUUGUCUCCCGGGCCGGAGACCUAUACCCAGUAUGUAAGCUGCGCACACAAUAAUGUUUUUGGUGGAGGUUUUUCUCCGUGGUGGAAGUUUUUUGACAUAAAUACUAUAAGCUUCAUUUCAAAGCAUUUUAACAAAUACAUUUGACUGUUAAUAAUAAAUAAUAGUAAUAAUCAAUUGUCUGACUUGUGUGUACAUGCGAACAAUUUGUUCCCAGUAAAAUUACGAAAUUUUUAAUAUGGUCCAUUAUAUUAAGCCAUAACAGGGAUCCAGAUAAAAAUGAAAUUUAGAAAUUCAAGAGCAGCGUUUUUGAAGAUGAGGAAAUUUCUGAGCAACCAAAGAUUCAAUCUGCAAAUCUGAUAUCGCAUGGUAAAAUGGUAGGUCAAGUCAACCAUCAUAGUCAAAAUUCAAAGGUGUCAACUGAUCUAGUAUGGUCAUGUAGAAAAAAUGGAUGACGACAGGCUACCUAAACAAAUUUUAAAAUGAAGAGAGGAAAGCCUAAACAAUCCUGGCUGGGUGUCAUUCAGAAGACAAUGUCAGAAAGGAACGUUCACCCUGGCGAAUGCAACGACGGACGUAGCUGGAAACUGGGAACCGGAAGGCGGAGAAUCCUAUAAAAAACCUGGAUGAUAAUAAAAAAUGUUAUGUCCACUCUAUUCUUCAUUAUUGGAUUGUUAAUGCUGACUUAGUGAGAAAGCUGGAAGCUUUUGAGAUGUGGCUUUUUAGGAGAAUUUUGAAAAUACCAUGGACCGAUCGUAUUAUACACGAACGAAAUGGUGUUGCACAGAAUGGAAAAGGAACAGAGAACUUUGACCAUCAUUAAAGGGAGAAGGACACCAAGGAGAAAGAGCACAUACUAAUAAAUGAUAAGUAUGUUGUUGUAAGUUAUUGCAGCAGCUGAUUAUGAAGGGCAAAAUCGAAGGAAAAGGGCCCUGGUAGACGACAAAUACCCUGGCCGAAAAAUACUUGCGACUGGACCCGGGUAAACACACAGACGCUUUUAAGAAAAGCAGAAGAUAGAGAUUCAUUAUUUAUAUGAACACUACAGACACUAAUACUGUUGAUUUCAACAAAAUCGCAUAAAAGGGAUUAAGAACGUAGGCGCAAAAUUUCAGACCAAUGCUUUUUAAAUGCGUUCCUUUUUUUUAAUCGUGAGAAAGCUAAUAAAUAUUUUUGAAAAAUUUAAACGCAGAAUGAAAGAUUACAUUAUUACCGAAGGCCAAAAGUCCCUUAGAAUAAACAAAAAGUUUCUUUGGAAUGAGAUAUUUGAAAUUAAAAAUCACACUAUUUUUUUUUUCUUUUUUGUUCACCCCUGCGACUUACUAAAAUAAGCAUUGUAGAAGUUUUCAGGGACUUUCGGCCCUCGGCAGUAUAAUUUUCUCAGGAUUUGAAAAAAAUUAAUGCAUUUAAAAAGCCUUGCGCCUAUGCUCUUAAAAAAAAGCUUGCGGGAUUUUUCAACGGGCCGGAUAAAGUAAGCAAAAGGGCCGGAUCCGGCCCGCGGGCCGCCUUUUGCCCACCCCUGAUGUAAAGUAAUGUUAAAAUCAGUUAGACACUCUGGCUCUCAUGGCCUCAAAUAUGCCUGAUAAAGAUUUAAUACAACGAAAUUGUUUAUCUUCAAAAAAAAAUUAUUGUAAUUGAUUAAUAUUAUUUUAAAUUAGAUUUAUAUUGUGCUUAAAUUCAAUUUUUAUCAACUAAUGUAAUACCAAAAUACCGGUAUUUUUAGAUAAAUACCGGUUUUUAAUACCGGACAAAAAUUGUCCGGUAUUCUGGUAUUCGGGAUCCCGGUAUUGUAAGCCCUACGUAUAAUAUAAUACCCAAGCAUUGGAUGUAUCACAUUAAAAUAAGAUACAAAAUUAGAUAAACAGCAUCCUAAUUUAUUAAAUUCAUUAUCUAUUUUUUUGAGAAAAAUAUAAUAGCUAUUUUUAUAGAGGUGUUUCAGUGUUUUAGGUAAUAAUUUUACAAAAUAAACGAAUUUACAUUAAACAUAUCAAAUAACUUCAUCAAGAGACAUUACUUUUAAACAUGAAAUUUUAUAAUGUGAACAUAGACAUGGGCAUUUCUAUUAAUGACUAAUCCAAUCAAUGAAUGAAAUAAAUUUCCAAAUAGAUUGAUUAUAUUGAAGUUGCACAGGUACUUAACCCAUUAACGCCCAUUUUUUUGUUUCACAUUACAAAGUUAUAUUAUUUCAAGUUACAAAGUUCCCUGAAACUGUUUUACAUAAAUAUAGGUAUGUAAAUUUUUUAAUUUUAACCCGUUCUAUAAAUAGAUCACUGGGCGUUAAUGUUAUAAUUGCAAGUAUGUAUGAAUGUGUUAAAAAAUGGUUAUGGAAAUAAUAUUUUGUCGCUGUCAGUCAACAUACUUUUCUCAACUGUAAUUUAACAAUAUUAUUUGUCAAUGGCUGAUGAAGAAAUUUUCUAGUGAAAUACCCCAUUUUUAGUGAUUUUUUUCUCCUUGUAUGACAGCUUUAUCCUUAUAGCUCAAGUGUAAAAUAAGAUGGAGGAUAAGCAGUACACUUUACUUACUCUCUUUUAAAAGUGAGGUACCAGAUCUAGUAUUUUAACUUGGUCUCUGCUCUCAUCAAUUUUUGUAAAUGACUGAUUUCUGUAUGAAACAUUGUAGUAUAAUUGUGUUUUAUUUGAGAUUCUGAACGUUAACACUGCAGUAAUUAUAAGAUGCAGAGGCUGUUAGAAUAUCGUAGUAGAUAUUAAGUUUUUGUUUGGUGUUGUUGCAUUUAUAAUAAAAAUAUAGAAACUUGUGGUAUAUGGUAAAUAUUUAGUUUUUUUUAUUGUUUUAUUUGUGGGAAUUGAUGACAUUAUUAAACACUUUCAACAAGGACCAAGACUUAAAGUAGCUUAAAGAAACAUUAGGAAUUGAUUGUCAGAUUUGGGUUUAAUUUAAACCAAUUCAAGAUUGGACCACAUUACCAGAAGUGCGAAAUAUGAGAUAUAACCCAAGAGCAGUCACGCCGUUAGAAAAAAUCUAACAUUUUAUCCUUUUCCGUGAUAACCUUGAUGCUUUAAAACUGGUCGAAACAUAUUUUUAACAAGUAAAUAAAAUUAUUAUAAAAUAAAAAUUUGUUUUAAAUUUGUAUUAUUAAAUAAAAUCUAACGUGUGUCUGCUUAUGUGACAGAAGAGAAUGCGACUGUUCCCGGGUUAAGGCUCAUAAUGCAGGGUAAAAUUAAGGGUAAAAGAUCCAUACGUAGAAGAAGAAUUUCCUGGCUGAGAAACUUAAGAGAGUGGUAUAGUUGCAGUAGAUCUCAGAGAUCUUUUCAGAGCAGCCGCCAAUAAGGUACGGAUAGCUGUGAUGAUAGCCAACCUCCGAUAGGAGAAGGAACUGCAAGAAGAAUUCAAGAUUAUUUUUUCCUUAACUAUGAUCGAGACAUUUUCUGUUGCAGAUUUCAAAGGGGUUCUUUGCUUUUUUAUUAUCAAUAAUUUGGUUUCUAUAUCAGUAAGAAAAUUGUUUCUACAUAUUUUUAAAUGGUCUAUGCCUAUACCAUUGACUAUUGACUGUGUGGUAAAUUCUAAAAAUCUACUCAUCAAAGUCAUAGUUUGGAAGAGGUGUCUUAGUCUUAGUUGAAAUGUUUUUCAGAAUAGGUAGUUAUUAAAGUCGAUUCGCUAAUCUGAGACACAACUGUCUAGUGACGUUUUUUCUUAGGAAGUUAGGUUGCUAGACGAGACUGGAAAUUACUACACAACCAAGCAUACCUGCUCAUAGCAAAAUUAUUAAUAGUAAACAGACAUAAAUAACAUAAACCGUACGCCAAUCAAUAAUAUUUAGUUACACCAUUAUAAUGUAUUGAAAACAAAUGAGAAAAUUAUUUAUUGUACAAAAUAAAAAUAUUUUGUAGAAAUAAAUUCCACAAAAUUUUAUGAGUUUAGUAUACACUCACACUAUUUCCAAAAAAUUAUUUCUUUUUUUAAUGAAAGAUUCAGUUAAUUUGAGCAGUUAAUAGUGUGAGGUAGGAAUUUUUGUGUUGUAUGUUUCCUAUUACUAAUGUGUCAAAAUGAAUCUCGGCUAAGCGAAUUCAGUAUACCUACUAAAGUUAUACAGGGUGAGUGGGGAGGAACGCACCAAACUUUAAGUCUGUAUAAUAUACGUAAUAAUAAUUAAAAAUAACUCAUAUGUUAUUCGAUUUUCAUUUUGUUUCCGAGAUACGGGGUAAGUUUUUUUACAAACUAAGGAUUUUUUUUAUUGUUCUAAAACCGCUUGAGGUGUGCAAAUUAAAUUUGGCGGGUUUUAAGACGUAAUUGCACAUUUUUUGACAUACAAUUAAAAAUUUUAUAUUCACCAUUGGCGCGAGUACGGGUAUAAUAGUCUGAAAUUUUUUAAAGAUAAAAAUGGUACGCCACUGAAAUAUUUCAAAUUAAAAUUAUUUCUUGAAUGGCUCGUUCAAUUUGUGACAAAAAAUCUAUCUUCCCUUUUUUUCAUGCGACGCUUCGUUUUCAUGCAACAAAUAAUACAUCUCAACGCUUACAAAGUUUUCGACGAAGUUUCUAUAUGAAUGUUCAGAAAGGACAUCGCAGACAUCUUAUGGAAAAUAUAAUGUCACUCAAAUUCAAUAAAAUUUAUAUGAAUAUAUUCGUUUCAAUUUAACGAUCAAUUCUUAUCAUUGCGCCAACUCUUAAUUUUCAAUAAUAAGAGCAGAAAUUGAUAUAAAUCAAUCUGAAAUCAAAUGGGUAGGUACAUAAGUUAGAGAGAGAAAAAAAAUAUUUUAAAAUACCCAAAUUAUAGUUAGUUCAUAAAUCUUCUCCAGCUCUUAAGCAUCUUAUUAUAAUAGUUUCACUAAUCCGCUUAGGCCCAGCGGGGUUUAAGCUGUUUUGAAUAGCACCCAGAGCAAUAGUGAUUAUAACUGACAGGUUUAUAGACUCCAAAAAUGUGAUUUCGAUAAACUUUAAUUGCAAUUUGCGCCGUAAUUAAUCAUAAUUAAGAGUUGGCGCAAUGAUAAGAAUUGAUCGUUAAAUUGAAACGAAUCUAUUCGUAUAAAUUUUAUUGAAUUUGAGUGACAUUAUAUUUUCCAUAAGAUGUGUGCGAUGUCCUUUAUUUCGAAUACUUUGUAAGCGCUAAGAUAUUUUAUUUUUUGCAUGAAAACGAAGCGUCGUAUGAACAAACGGGAAGAUAUAUUAUUUGUCAGAAAUUGAACAGGGAAUUCAAAAAUAAUUUUUAAUUUGAAAUAUCUCAGUGGCGUACUAUUUUUUUUCUUUAAAACAUUGCAGACAAUUACUUGUACGCGCGCCAAUGGUGAAUAUGAAAUUCUUAAUUAUUGUGUGUCAAAAAAUGCGCAAUAACUAUGUCUUAAAACUCACCAAAUUUCAUUUGCACACCUCAACCGGUUUUAGAGCAAUAAAUAAAUCGUCUGUAAGAAAAAUUUUAACACCCCGUAUCUCGGAAACAAAUGAAAAUCGAAUAACAACAUAUGAGUUAUAACAUCGAUUUUUAAUUAUUAUUACGCAUAUUUAUUAUACAGUCUUAAAGUUUGGCGCGUUCCUCCCCACUCACCCUGUAUUUUGGGUUUUAGUUUUUAGUGUUAAUAAAACCAAAUAUGGGUCUUCCAAAGUGAUUAUGUUUGUGAUUUUAUUUAGCUUGAUUCUAUAAUUGUCUGUGUAUUUUACCAUAUUAUAUAAUUAUUUUAUCGAUUUGUAUUCUUAAAUAAACAUUUAAUAACAGAUUUA